AUGUCGCGAUCUCUCCCCAAGAAGAACAACCCUCACAUCCUGGUUAAUGCCUCACCGACCUACGAAGAUCUCCUUUCGCGCCGUCGCCUUGGCAAGACCAAUUUGUCUGUUAAGGCCGCUCAGAUUGGUACUUCCAAUGCGACCAAGCCCGAAAACCUGGGCCUCUUCGAAUAUGCCCACCUACGGGCGCCUUUGCCCAAGGACCUGAAGGGCUCUGAAAUCUUCCCCUCACACAACGCUGCCCAGCACCCGGAGACAUACUUCCUCAUGCGGAGAAGCAAGGACGGCUUCGUGAGCGCAACUGGCAUGUUCAAGAUUGCCUUCCCGUGGGCCAAGACCGAAGAAGAGAAGAUUGAGCGAGAGUAUCUCAAGUCGCGCGAAUACACAAGCCAGGAAGAGGUUGCCGGCAAUGUAUGGAUCUCACCUCUAUUCGCCCUUGAGCUCUCCAGGGAAUACAAAAUGUACGACUGGGUUCGUGCCCUGUUGGAUCCCACCGAUAUCCGCGAAGAAGCACAUCACCCCCCCCCACCUAAAUUCGAACUCCCCGAGGAGGAGCCUACUCCUUCUCAACGCCGUAGCCGCCGUUCCGUCUCUCCCAGCAAGAGACCCUCAUCCCCUCGCAAGUCUCGCCCAGGUCGCCCCACCAAGGAUAUCCUGAGCACCCCUUCGACCACCGCUGCCAACAAUAGCCUUCAAGAGGCCCUGGAUACCACCGUCUCCCUGGAGACUGAUGAACAAAAUGGCAUCAUCGAGACUGUGGAAGAGGUUGAGGUCGAGGUCAAGACGAGUGGAUCGCCCGAGAAGAAGUCUCGUGGUCGCAAAUCUAAGAAGGCCAUCGCCGAGGCAGAGGCUGCAGCUGCAGAUGAGGAGGAGCUGAAGGAGAAGGAAGAAAAGAAGUCCGAGAAGAAAAAGAAGGAGACCAAGGAGAAGGAGACCGAGGUGGAGGUUACUGCCUCUGCGGAGGUUGCCGACCAAGCCACUACAACUCAGACUACUCUUUCGCUUGAUGUGCCGAUCAGCCUGCCAGAGGUUCCAUCGUCCGCCGAGACGCAAGAAAUGAUUGCCAAAGCCCAGGAGAUGGUUGAGGAGGCUAUCAAGAGCCAAGCAGGAGAGAGUGCCACAGGAUCUGCAGUCGCUAAGGUGACAAAGAAGCGUAAGCCUGAGGAGGAUGAUGAGGAGACCGCCGCAGAGGCCGCCCAGCGAACAAAGAAGGCCAAGGUCCUGGAAGAAAAGCUCAAGCGUGAGCGCGUCCGCAAUCGCGCACUCAUUGGUGUCUCUGCAGCUUUUGCUCUUGCUGCUUCCAUUCCUUACCUCUUCUAG